CUCGCACCGUGACCCCAGCUUGAGGUGACGGUGUGAACCGAGGCGGGGGCCCGAGGCACAGAGGCUGCGGGACCUGCUGCGGCUCGGUUGCCGGAGAAGGAGGGUCCCGCUGCCAUCACCAUCCGUCCAGUGCCCGGUGCACCAGGUGCCGUGUGGGGCCGGCUCUGGAUCCACCUUGACUGGCCUCCCAGCUCCGUGCUCCAUGGCUGUGUGGGUGGCCCCGCCGUGCCUCAGCAUCCUCACCUGCAACCUGGGGCAAUAAGAAUGAUGAGCUUUCAUACUAUGGGGCUGAAGGUGAAAUGGAAACUCCUGUGCAAACGCUUCACUCCGUGCUCAGCACCUGCAGGCCUCGAUUCAGAGUCACUGUUAGCAGCACCUCGGUCCCCUCCACGCCCCUGAGAGCCCUGUGGUUUGCAAGCUUUACAUUCAGGACGGAGCCCCUGGACUCCCAGCUUCCUUGCCAGGGAGGAGGAGGGACAUCCGUCUGCUGGGGCCUGAGUGUGGCCUGGGGGACAGGCCAUCGGUCCCGGAAUGCCCCUGCCUGAGCCCAGCGAGCAGGAGGCUGAGAGCGUGAAGGCCAGCCAGGAGCCAUCCCCAGGCACCGAUGUCGUCCCCGCAGCUCCCAAGAAGCCCAGGAAGUUCUCCAAACUGGUCCUGCUGACAGCCUCCAAAGACAGUGCCAAGGUGGCCGGGGCCAAGCGUAAAGGGGUGCACUGUAUCAUGUCCCUGGGGGUGCCCGGCCCCGCCACCCUUGCCAAGGCCCUCCUCAAGAUCCACCCCGAGGCUCAGCGAGCCAUUGAGGCAGCUCCCCAGGAGCCGGAGCAGAAACGCAGCAAACUGGACACAGAUGGAAAAGAAGCCGGAAGAUUGGCAGGGCCGCCUGCCCGCAGUCCCUCACCAGGUGCCAAGGAGCCCACCGUGUGCCCCAGCAUGCCCAGCAAGUCCCUGUAACCCUGACCAUGGCGGUGGGGCCUUGCUGGGCCAGUGAACUUGGCUGUGACUUCUCCCUGGGACCAGCUGUGACUGGUUUUCACUCUUAACAUUGUGUCAUUUUUUUCAGAUCAAGCAUAAGUUUCUUUUGUAAGCAGAAAAAAAAAUUCAGGAAAGAGAAUAAAGAAGCUGUACACUAGACCCCA